AGUCUCCACGGUUCUCAUGGUGUGUUUAAGACCCGCCCGCUGCUCGGAGAUCCUCAUCUUCGUUGCUCCGCGAUUUCAAAUCUAACCAGCGUGUUGUUUUGGAAGAAUGGCAGAAGAAGCUCCAGCCGUCGCCCCUGCCUCUCCGGCCGCCUCUCCGGCAAAGCCCAAGGCCGCCCCGAAGAAGGCCGUCCCGAAGAGGGCCCGGACCAACCCCAGCGUGAGCGAGCUCAUCGUUAAAGCUGUGGCCGCUUCCAAUGCGCGGAACGGCGUGUCGCUGGCCGGUGUCAAGAAGCACCUGGUUACCGGAGGCUACGAUGUGGACAAGAACAAUGCCCGCGUCAAGACCGCCGUCAAGGGCCUGGUGGCCAGGGGGACCCUGGUCCAGACUUCGGGCACCGGGGCCUCCGGCUCCUUCAAGCUGAGUAAGGAGGCCGAGCCCAAGGCUAAGAAGUCCGCCAAGAAAGCGGCUCCCAAAACCAAGAAGCUCGCAGCGGCUAAAAAGUCUAAAGAAGUCGCAGCCAAGAAACCCGCAGCGGCAAAACAGCCCAAAAAAGCAGGGGCCAAGAAGGCAACAGCUGCGAAGAAGCCUCUAGCGAAGGUCAGUAAACCUGCAGCGGCUAAGAAGGCUCCGAAUAACCCAAAGAAGGUGGCUGCAAAGCCCGCCACAGCCAAGAAGCCCGCUGGAACAAAAGCUUCAAAACCCGCAGUGAAGAAGACAACAGCCAAGAAGAAGUGAGCUUUUUAACUUCACCCUAAACAAAGGCUCUUCUAAGAGCCACCACAGCCUCCUCAAAGAGUCCAAUCCUCAUAUCUGACAUGCGGUCAAGCUACUAUACACCCAAACAAGCAGAUUAACAGAAAACGCACACCUUCACGUCCUGAUAAAUACACUGUGCUAUGUGUCAUAGCAAAUCAGCAUGUGUUCAUUUCAGAUAAAUAAAUAUGUUUUUGAUCAUUCUUCUGAUGCCAUACUGACACAAGCCUCAGCUGUUUCAGGGAUCAGAUGAUCCCUGUUCACAAUGUAGACCUCCCAGCACUGGUUUGGUUAUCGAGCCUAUUUUUUUAGAUAAUUCAUUUGUCUAAUAACUAAAAAAUGUAUGUUUUUCUUGUCACGUAUACACAGGUCAACCUAUUUUAAGAGGUGCUUUGUGGCAUUGAGAAGCACUGCUGAUUCACUUCCUUGUAACGUUUGCACUGUAGUAUUUUUUUUUCUAUUGGGCAAAAAUAAACCUUUUGUUAAAGUGAAUACCAUUUUUUAAUGCAUUUGGACAAAAAUUAACUUCUUGUUUAUUUUACACGUGCUGACGGCACACACGAAGGCCAAUAGCCUCGGAACACAUGUUACUUUAUAAAAAACAAUGCGAUAGUUCCGAGUGAUGUGUUGCUCGUCGGACUACUUUCAGUGUA